AUGAAGACCUCUACCGCUUUCGCCAUCCUUACCCUCCUCGCUGCCGGCUCCGGUGCUGUGCCCAUCUCUCGUCGUGACGGCCCGGACUGCCCGUGCGAGGUGCUCGACCCCAACAACGCUGGCGACAAUCUCCAGAAGGCCGGCGACGGCGGCAACACCCUCCUCGGCGGCAUGAACAACCAGGCGGAGGACUCGCCCCUCGGUGACGCUGCCGAUAAGCUCCUCGGCUCGGACUCGGCUGAAGACCCCUCCUCGGUCAUGCAGGAGGAUGACAAGGAUGUCACUGUCCAGGUGCCUCACGGCGCCGCCGCGGACGAGGCUACCGAGGAUGCCGAGCCCAUCACCUCUGGCGACGCCCUCGACCCCGUCGACGAGGGAGACGCCUUCAACGGUGGCGGCAACAACGCGUUCCGUCUCUCUCGCCCUGGCCGCCCCAUCACCACCAACAACGUCGAGGACCAGCCGGCGGACGACGCGGCGGACAAUAACGGCAUGGACCUUCUGUCCUCGGCGGGUCUCGACGAGGUGGCAAAGGCGGAGGAUGUCGAUGGGGGUGCGAGGGAGGGGGAGAAGGCGCUCGGAGCGGAGGAGCCGGUAGACAACGUCCUGCCCGGCGACAAGACCAACGACAAGGUGGACAAUGUCACCUCGGACGAGUCUACCGAUGACACCAUCUCCACCCUCAGCUCGGACAUGCCGCUCGACAACGUGCAGGACAAGGUGGAGGGCGCUGCUGGGGACAAGGUCGAGGACAAGGCGAAGGACGGAGAGAGCGGGUUGGGGUUGAAGGAGCCGGUCGAUGGCGCGCUUCCCGGGGACAAGACGGCGGACAAGGUCAACAACGUCGUCGACCCUUCCAGCUCGGCUCAGAGCACCGACAACUCCCCUUCCAAUGACAACAACGGUAGCGGUCUCGACCCCAUCCUCGCUGGCAACGCUGUCAACGACGCGGUCGCCGAGCACACUGGUCACGACACUAACGACCACCUCGACAACGCUGGAGACCGUCCUCUCGGCCAGACCAUCGACGAGGCGGCUCAACACGGCGGCGGCAAGGCCGACGACCACCUCGACGGCGUCAACACCAAGCCCGCCGACAAGGUUGCUGACGGCGUCGUUGCCGGCUCCGGUCCCAAGGUCGUCGAUGCCACCAACGGUCCCCUCUCCAACGCGGCCGAGGGUGUCGUGCCGGGCAGCGGUCCCGCCGUCAAGGAUGCCGCUCACGGUCCCGUCUCUUCGGCUGCGGAUGGCCUCGUCCCCGGUACCGGUCCCAAGGUCGUGGACGCCACGGACGGUCCCACCCACGACGCCGCCGAGGGGAUCAUUCCCGGCUCGGGUCCCGUGGUCAAGAACGCGACGGACAGGCCAGCCGGUCAGUCGGUCGACAAGGCCCUGGCUGGCGACAACCAGGCUUUCGACGGCUUGAAGGGCGCCUCUCUCCUCGGCGGCCUUCCCACCUCCAUGUCUGGUAUGCCCGAUAUCGACAUGAACGUCCACGUCAAGCCCAACAACCAGGCCGAGCCCCAGCAGCAGUCCACCUUCCCCCUCUCCGCCAACUCCGUCACUGGCGCUCUUGGCUCGCGCCCCGCUGGCGGUCUCACCGACUCGGUCCGUCCCGCCGCUUCUGGCCUCUCGGGCGGUAACCUCCUCCAGGCACUGGUCGCCCCUGGCGUCCUCGGAGGUACCCCUCUUGCCGAUCGCCCCCUCCAGAACACCGGCGCGCCCGCCUCGGGGAUCGUCAGCCCGCUCACCAACGGCGCCGGCAUCGCCAACAUCGUCUCGGGCGCCAAGGGCUUGCCUAUAGUCAACACCGUCGGUCAGCAGGGUCAGCCCAUCAACACCGACUCCAUCAAGGGCAUGCCUAUCGUCAACGGUCUCGGCCAGCCCAUGGACACGGAUGGCUUCUUUGGCGGUUCCGGCAAGAAGCUGCUUGGGAAGGUUAAGCCCACAGCCUCAGACACCUCGGACGAUGUCAACGAGACCACCGACUCGCUCAACAACGGACCUGAUGGGGCAGCCGACCAGGUGACUGAUGAUCUCGCCAAGGAGAACGUCAACGCCUGCAAGGACUGCAUCAACACUGCCAUCGCGCCGGUGAACAGCAAGGCCGACGACGCUGACAAUCUCGUCAAGUCCGACCCUCUCCACGUCGAGCCGGCGGUCCAGAAGCCCGACUCGCAGCUCCCGGUCUCGUACCAAUGCGUCACCUCGCCCGUCACCAAGAUGCCCGUCUAUACCAUGCCGUGCUUGACCAACUGGGGCGGCCGGGUCGGAUCCGACGUCGACGUGUGUAUCGCGCAGGAUCAGAUGGACUUCAAGCCUGUCAACACCAUUGCAUGCCCCGAGGAGAUGCAAGACCACCUCGGCGACGACCUCAGCUUGCUCCGCCGGGAGGACAACGACGAGAAGUGGGACAUGCUCUCCCGCGGAAUCAACCGAUAUGUCCGUCUCUGCAUGGUCGCCAAUGGCCUAUAG